CCAGGGAUCCACGACGACGACGAAGAAGCAGCUUCUUCCCCACAUCACCUCCCCAUCAGUCCAUCACCUCUCUCUAACUCUUAACACCACCACCACAUUUUCUUCUCUCCUCUCCUCUUCGACUCCACCCGUCUCACAUUAAGCUCAGAAAUUAAUUAAGCAAAGGAUUACAAGAGAAGCGAAAGCAGAGAAGAAGAAGAAGAAGAAGAAGAAGAAGAAGAAGAAGGGCGAUGGGGAAGGACUGCGGCAAGCACGGCGACGACGACUUCCGCGACGGGUGCAAGCGCCUCCUGACCGUGCUGGUCGUCCUCGCCGUCCUCGUCGGCGUCAUCGCGCUCAUCCUCUACCUCGUGCUCCGCCCCACCCACCCGCGCUUCUACCUGCAGGACGCCUCCCUCCGCCAGCUCGACCUCUCCAACUCCUCCGGCGGCCUCCUCUCCACCACCGUCCAGGUCACCCUCGCCUCCCGCAACCCCAACGACCGCGUCGGCGUCUACUACGACCGCCUCGACGUCUACGCCUCCUACAAGUACCAGCAGAUCACCGUCGCCGCCUCGCUCCCGCCGGUCUACCAGGGCCACGGCGACGUCGACGUCUGGUCCCCCGUCCUCGUCGGCCCCAACGUCCCCUUCGCCCCCUACCUCGCCGACGCCAUCUCGCAGGACUGCCAGGCCGGCUACCUCAUCCUCCAGGUCAAGGUCGACGGCCGCGUCCGCUGGAAGGUCGGCAGCUGGAUCUCCGGCCACUACCACCUCUUCGUCACCUGCCCGGCCUUCCUCGUCACCGCCGGCGGCAACGGCGCCCCCGGCGCCGCCGGCUUCAGGUUCCAGACCACCACCUACUGCCACGUCGAGGUCUAGCUAGCUACUCCACUGUAGUGUACCCACGUCAGUAAUUAAGCCAAGCUGCUGCUGGUGGUGGUGGUGGUAGCUCCGGCCAGCCGCCGGCGAGGUAGGUUUCUUGCGGUGGUGUCCAUAGUCAAAGGAGACGGUGGUAAUAAUGAAUUAAACCGAUUUUGUGGGUUACAAAAUGUAAAGGAGGAGGAGAGGCCAUUAAUCUAGGAUUAAUGCUACGGUUAAUUAUGUGCUCUCUUGAUUAUAUUAGCUCUUAAUUUUCAAUA